UCUUUGCAUCUGUCAGUGUCGCCAGAGAUGUAGACCAAUGUUUUCGCGUAGGAGUCUGUGCUGCAUAACAAAUGUGUUUUGUUGAAAUGUCAUGUAAUCAUAUCAGAACAAUGAAUUAUUAAGUGCAUUAUUACUGCAGUCAUUGGGUUACUAAAUAAAAAAGAAAAUAUGGCACAGAGUAGCUCCAGUGGCACGUCGUCUAGGCGGCACGGGAGGAGCGAUCACGAUACAGCUUCAUUAACAUCAAGCAGAUAUGCCGACGCCGAAUGGGAAGCCAAGGAGGCAUUACGGCAGAGAGAAUUGGAGGAAGCAAGAGCUCGCGCAACCCAGAUGGAAAAGACGAUGAGAUGGUGGUCUGAUUGUACUGCAAACUGGAGAGAGAAAUGGAGCAAGGUACGUAAUGAACGUAAUAAAGCCAGAGAAGAAUCAAAACAGUUGAGGAUACGACUAGAAGCAGCAAUGAAAGAUGCUGGAACCUGCAGGAGGGAGCGCCAAGAACUAGAAACAGAAAAUGAGCGGCUAAGGCAAGAGUUAGAACAAGCACACAUGUUACUACUGAAGGGAGCAGGGAAAUCAGGCAGUGCGUGGGCACCAAAUAGUAAUUUGCCAGGCGAUGACCAUGAAGCAGAAGAGUAUGUUCUUCCUCGGCACACUACAGAACUGUGCCAUGCAGGAGUGGUGGGGCGUGAAAAUGCAGUUGAUGGAGAUGCUCAAGAUCCAGCAGCUGUAUCAACAGGAUUGUCAGCAUCUGAUGCAGCCUUGGGUGAUAUGGACCCCACAGCAGCCCUAGGACCACGUGACCCUGCAGCAGAUGGUGGAGAAGAUCUGGAUCGUGAUCAUGACUGCAUGUUGCAGAAGAUGUCUAUGCUACAGCUUAGAUUAGAUGAGGCUUCAAAGACUAUACAGAUUGAGAGAGAAGAAAAAGGAGCACUGCAACGAGCUUUGGACAGGUUACGAGGAGAUCUAGCUGGUGAGACAAGGGUGCAAGACGGUGGUAUAGCAGGACGACUUGCGCUCCUUAGAGCAGAGCUUGAACGCAUGCAGGCAGAAAAUUCUGCUGAAUGGAGAAGAAGUGAAAGCCUGGAGACUGAGAAACUUGCCUUGGAGAGAGAGAACAAAAAGCUACGAGCUGAACUUCGUGACGCAAAUGAGCGACUUGAACGUAUGCAGCGCAAUGUUGCAGCAGGCCGUUUGCCUUUGCCUUCAUCAUCAGCUGUGGAAACAGAGCUGCGCGAAGAUCUUGCUGACAGAGUUAAGGAGCUGACUGAACUGAAACAGGCACACUCAAAGCUAAAAAAGGUAUUUCAAGAAAAGUCAACAGAACUUGCACAUGCAGCAAGACGGGCAGAACAAUACGAGGCAGAAGUAAAGAGACUGCGUGCUCGUGUUGAGGAAGUGAAAAGGGAACUAACAGCAGCAGAGGAUGAAGUUGAUGCUGCCUCAAACAGCAUACGAAAACUCCAGAGAGCAAAUGAUGAAUUACAGGAACAAGUAGAGACACUGCAGGUACAACUUGAACAUUUGCACUCCAGGUUCCAGGUUCCCAGUUCUUCAAGUUCUCAUCGUAAUGGCCAAGAUUUUGCCUUUCGUGGAGAACUGAGUGAUGAUGAAGUUAUAUAUUAAAUGAGUUGUGGGUAUUUGUCAUUGCACUUCCAUUUCUGGUAACUUGUGAAAACAUAUUGCAAUACAACUGUAUAGAAAUGGCAUUUUUUCAAAAUAAGUAAAUAACAGUUGAAUUUAUAGUAACUAGAAAAAUAUAGCUUCAGUGAAGCAUAUAGUAUUUUUCUAUAUAUUUGACUGUAAUUCAUGGUGGAAUUGAAUGACUGCAUUCCAUUGCAUAUUUGUGCUAUUUUAACUGUAAUUAGACAAAAAGUGGUUGACAUUUUGAAUGAUGAAUUAGCAGUUGUGAUCAUUUGUCCGAGCUCACUUCAGCACUUACAAUUUAGAAAAAUAUAACAGCAAAUAUUUCAGGAAAAAGUAGCUGUCUAACAAAGCUCACUUCUCAGAUCUUGGGUGCUCUUUCAUAUCUGAACAUUCAAAUGAAACAGAACAGAAUGCUAAUCAUCUGUGAAUGAUCUGGGCAGCUUUAUAAUAGACACAAUGUCAGAGGUAGUUCCCCUUCUUAAGAUCUAGUCGAACUUGUGGGGAUGCUGAUAAUGCUUCAUGGUAUAUUUGGCUGGAACCUUCCAUGACUUAGCUCACAGGUGAGUAGCAGACUGAAUUGACAUGGAAAAUUCUUUUGUCCCAGUCUUGAGCCCAUCAAAUUGUUGGCUCUCCUGUAGCUUGAGGUGCUAGUAUUUGAGUUGCUCCACUUUGUACAAUGGAUGACUUCUGUAAAUUUUCUGCUUGUUAUUGAAAAAUUUUACUUAGGAAAUGGCAUUUUGUAUUUUAGCGAGUUCAGUUUUCCUAUGUACAAAUGUGACUACAGAAACAUAUAUUUAUUUAUGUAAGAGAAGACUUGUGAUAUAUCAACUCAUGUAAUUAAUGAAUAAUGUAAUUUAAAUUUACUAGAUCCCUUUCUGUAAAAAAUGAUGCAAGUUUUUAUAUUAAAAAAAAUUACUUGAGGUAACUAUUAAAUUACAAAGAGAACGUAUGGCUGGCCAUUUCAUUAUUCACUCAAUUAGUUCCUGUUUUACUGUUUGGAUCAUCAUCUUUUACUCUCCUUUUCCUUUUUUGCCCUCUCCUCCUCCUAGUUAUUAGUUACACUUUUCGUACCACCUGUCAUUUCUCUUGUUUUUAAUCCAUCUCACUGUUUUUCUGUCUUCCUUAGGCUUGAAGCUUCCACAGUGCUGAUUGGUGUACUAUAUUUGAGCUCUUACUGUCUCUAAUAUCUCCCUCUUCAUCCAUAUCUGUCCCAGCCUUAUUACAUGUGCUUCUUCUCUACCUGGUGUCUGAGUGAUCUGCCUCCCUUUUCUAACCUUCCCCACCAUAUUUCUCUUUUCUCCUUGAGGAAGGAACUAACAGUUCUGAAAGCUUUAUAUAUGGGUAUCUAUUGGCAGUACUUAGAAUUCUGCCUCUUGAAAUAAAUACUGCCCAGCCAUUCUGUCUCCAUGUAAUGAUAUAAUAUUUAAGUGAUAGUAAUUUUUUACAGAAAAUGACAUACAAAUUUGUGUGUUUACUCGCAGGUCUUGCCUGUGGAGAGUUAUGUGUCUUGUAAAAUUUAAUGUUAUAAAGCAGUUUGAAAUGUCAGAAAGUUGUUUCUUUUUCUGUUAAAACAUGAAAUGAUGAUAGAAAACAGAGUUGUCUGUUUUCUUUAUUGAUGCCACUUUCCUGUACCCUGCCUUUUGGGAAUGGUAUUUAUAUUAGUUCCUACAGAAUCUUGAAGUUUUAUUACAUUUGCAUCAUUUUACAAUUACAUUGCUACACUGUCUUCAUAUACCUGUGUAAUGCAUGUAUCAUGAAAGGAUAGGCAGAAGUUGUCUGUCACUAGCCUGUUCAACAAAUAGAUAAAUAAAAGGGGACAUAAAUGGGGAUAUGAACAUCAGCAAUAAACAUGUGAAUGGGAACAGAAAUAUUCAAUGGUACUGU